AUGAUGGAGUGGCGACCGGUACCACAGGAAUCGAGUGAGGAAGUGUUAGAAGUGGUACCAGCAACGCCUGCAAAAGUCCCAAAGCGCAGACAAGUGGAACGAAGUCGCGAGAUAGUGCUUACAAUCCGGUCCGGCAGCCUUCCAACCGCCGGUAGUGGAAGGCUUACCGCCUCAAUACCGGCAGCUACUAGUGGCACCGGAGAUCGACCCGUACACAAGUGCGGUAUGUGCCCGAAAGAAUUUGGGACCUUGAAAGGAUGGCGAAUCCAUGCCGCCAAAAUGCACAGGCAGAAUGGCUUUUGCCAGAAGUGCGGCCAUUUCAUUGAUAUGCCGCAUGCGAGCUCCGAUGAAGAAAGAGCAGCCACGAUGGAACUUCAUGCCUUGGAAUGGUGUCCCAAAGCCACAAAGUUUGUUAUAUGUGAAAGGGCUGCUAAGCGAAGAAGGCUCGAGCUGGCUGGUAGAAGCGAUGAGGCUCAGCACUAUUACAUUCCAAGUGCGCGAGUGUGA